AUGAGUAAAGCAGUUGGUAUCGAUUUAGGAACAACCUACUCUUGUGUUGGAGUCUGGCAGAAUGAUCGUGUUGAAAUCAUUGCCAAUGACCAAGGAAACCGUACUACUCCUUCAUACGUGGCCUUCACUGACACUGAACGUCUCAUUGGUGAUGCCGCAAAGAACCAAGUCGCCAUGAACCCAAUCAACACUGUAUUCGAUGCUAAGCGUUUGAUUGGUCGUCGUUUUGCUGAUGCUGAAGUACAGUCUGACAUCAAGCACUGGCCAUUCAAGGUCAUUGACAAGGGCACCAAACCCUUCAUCCAAGUCGAAUUCAAGGGUGAAGUCAAAACCUUCACUCCUGAAGAAAUCUCCUCCAUGGUCUUAUUGAAGAUGAAGGAAACCGCUGAAGCAUACUUGGGAACCAAAGUGAAGGAUGCCGUAGUAACAGUCCCAGCCUACUUUAACGACUCGCAACGUCAAGCCACCAAAGACGCUGGUCUCAUCUCGGGUCUCAACGUCCUCCGUAUCAUUAACGAACCAACCGCAGCUGCCAUCGCUUACGGUCUAGACAAGAAGACUGCCGGUGAAAAGAAUGUAUUAAUCUUUGAUUUGGGUGGUGGAACGUUCGAUGUGUCCCUCCUUACUAUCGAAGACGGUAUCUUUGAAGUCAAGGCCACUGCCGGUGAUACUCACUUGGGUGGUGAAGACUUUGAUAACAGGAUGGUUGCUCACUUCUUGGAUGAAUUUAAACGUAAAUAUAAAAAGGACAUGUCUGGAAACCCACGUGCUGUUCGUCGUCUACGAACUGCAGCUGAACGUGCAAAGAGAACCCUCUCUUCUGCUACUCAAACCAGUAUUGAAAUUGACUCCUUGUUUGAGGGUAUCGACUUCUACACCUCAAUCACUCGUGCCAGAUUCGAAGAACUCUGUGCCGACUUGUUCCGUUCGACCAUCGACCCCGUCGAAAAGGUCUUACGUGACUCCAAGAUCGACAAAGGCUCAGUAGACGAAAUCGUAUUGGUCGGUGGAUCCACUCGUAUUCCAAAGGUCCAAAAACUCGUAUCAGACUUCUUCAACGGAAAGGAACCAAACAAGUCAAUCAACCCUGACGAAGCCGUCGCUUAUGGUGCUGCCGUCCAAGCUGCUAUCUUGACUGGUGAUACCUCCGAAAAGACCCAGGACUUGCUAUUAUUGGAUGUCGCUCCAUUGUCUUUGGGUAUUGAAACUGCUGGUGGUGUCAUGACACCUCUCAUCAAGAGAAACACCACAGUACCAACCAAAAAAUCAGAAGUCUUCUCUACAUAUGCUGACAACCAACCUGGUGUCCUCAUUCAAGUAUUUGAAGGAGAACGUGCCCGUACCAAGGAUAACAACAUAUUGGGUAAAUUCGAAUUGACUGGUAUCCCACCAGCUCCUCGUGGUGUUCCUCAAAUUGAGGUUACUUUCGAUGUUGACGCCAACGGUAUCUUGAACGUUACUGCUGUGGACAAAACCACUGGUAAAUCCAACAAGAUCACCAUCACCAACGACAAGGGCCGUCUGACCAAGGAAGAUAUUGAACGCAUGGUGUCUGAAGCGGAGAAAUACAAGGCUGAAGAUGAGGCUGCUGCCGCUCGUAUCGCAUCCAAGAACGGUCUUGAAUCAUACGCCUACAACCUCAGGAAUUCCAUCCAGGACGAGAAAUUGGCCUCAAGGUUGGAACCUGCAGACAAGGAAAAGCUCAACAAGGCUAUUGAUGACACCAUCAAAUGGUUGGACAAAUCUCAAGAAGCUGCCUCUGAAGAAUACGAAGCUCACCAAAAGGAAUUGGAAGCUGUCGCUAACCCCAUCAUGAUGAAACUAUACGGUGCUGGUGGUGCUCCAGGCGGUAUGCCAGGUGGACCAGGUGGCUUCCCAGGUGCUGGUGGUGAUGCUGGUGCUGGAGGUGCUGGACCAACUGUCGAAGAGGUCGACUAA